AGUGAGCAGCGCGCGCGUCUCAUUCUACCUGCUGAACGCGCGCUGCUCACAGCAUGGCCAAAUCUCAGUCGAGACGCUGCUGCUUCUGCAUACUCGCUUUAGUGUGCUUUGUUGUAAUUAUCUGCAUUUGCAUCAUUUUAGCCACCAAACGGAAAUGCGCGUUCACGCACGGCGCUGUUUCUGCGGACUCUGUCAGGUGCUCCAACAUCGGCAGGGACAUGUUGCUUGAGGGGGGCUCAGCGGUAGACGCAGCCAUCGCAGCUCUGCUCUGCACUAGUUUGGUUAACCCACAGAGCAUGGGCUUGGGUGGAGGGGCCAUCUUUACAAUUAUGGACAAAACAGGCAAAGUGAAAAUCAUCAGCUCAAGAGAAACAGUCCCAAAAGAUGUCCAAGCAGAUCUGCUGAAUAAGUGUCCUAAAACCACUCCACUUGCUCCAGGAAGUCACUGGAUAGGUGUACCAGGAGAACUCCGUGGCUAUGAAAAGGCUCAUCGGUUGUAUGGAAAGCUGCCCUGGGCCAAACUAUUCGAGCCCUCUAUCAAGCUGGCACGAGAGGGCUUCCCCAUGCCAGCCUACCUCGCUUAUUUCUUGCAGGAAGAAUUAAUUAAAAACCUGAUUAAUGGCACUGAACUCUGUGAACUGUUCUACAAGGACCAUCGCCCAAGGGACACCCUCAAGUUCCCACGGCUGGCAGAAACCAUGGAAACUAUCGCCAAAGAAGGAGCCGAUGCCUUUUACACUGGAAAAAUUGCCAAGGACUUAAUAAAGGAUGUACAAGAAAGAAAUGGAGUGUUAUCAUUAGAGGAUCUGAGCACUUUUACGGUCAGAGUCAGUGACGCGUGGUCAGUCCAACUUGGGGAAUACAAGAUGCACUUCCCUCCUCCACCAGCAGGGGGAGCGAUACUCAGUUUUAUCCUCAAACUAAUGCAUGGGUUCGGACUUUCUCCAGCCUCCAAGCAAGGAGACCAGAAAACCCUGACUUUGCAUCGGUUCCUUGAGGCGGUUAAGUUUGCCAAUGGACAAAAGCACAACCUCAAAGACCCCUACUUCAGCUCUACAGAUAUGGAGUACAUCAAAGAUGAGAAGUUCAUUAAGCAUAUCAAGGCUUUGAUCACUGACGGCUCCACACACAACGCCUCUUACUACAACAUCACGCCGUCAGUCGACCGCUUUGGCACCACGCAUGUUUCAGUGAUGGCAGCAGAUGGCAGUGCUGUGUCAGUCACCAGCACCAUCAACCAGAUGUUUGGGUCGACUGUUUACUCUCCUAAAACAGGUAUCAUCCUCAACAACGAGCUAGCUGACUUCUGCGGCCAAGCAGUUUCUGUCACACCAGGCGAGCAGCCUCCCUCCUCCAUGGCUCCUACCAUCCUGCAGUCCCAGGAGAAGACUCUGGUGAUUGGUGGAUCAGGAGGAAGUUACAUCACCACAGCCAUGGCCCUGUCCAUUAUGAACCACUUGUGGUUUGGGAUGAACCUUAACAAAUCUAUCACUGAAAAAAUAGUAUUUGUGAGCUCCAGCAACAAUGUCCUUUUUGAGAAUGGAUACAAUGAAUCAGAUAUUAAGGCAAUGAAAGUGUUAGGACACAAAGUGACGGACAAAAACAUUUACCCAUUUUUAAAUGUGGUCAACGGUAUCUCAAAAGAAGGACAGUGCAUCAGUGCCGUAUCUGACGCCAGGAAGCACGGCAAGUCAGCGGGAUACUGACCCUGCCUCUGUUUGUGCUGUCACCUGUUAGAGAUUGGUGUGGCGAUUCAUCAGGCCAGGAAGGAAGUGACGGUGGAAACAAAGGGUCAGCCUUCCCUUUCAGUGACGCCUGUAGACAUCAUAUAUUCAAACACAGAGUGAUUUUCACAAUGGUGUGCAUCUGUGUCCACUUUUGGACUCUUACAAACAAGAGUUACAGUAAGAUUUGAGUGCAUGUAAAUAUGUUUUUAUGUCAGGGAGACCAGGGCUAGUUGUCACACUGAGGAAGUUUUCACAAGGGUUGCAUCUCAAAAACACAGGGAUUUAUUCAGGAAACAGUCAACUAUAUAAUGAAGGUACUGUAGAUCAUACAUCUUUAUUUAGAAAAAAAAUCCCUAAAAGGUUGAGUUAGAAUAGUUUGCAAAAGCGCGAUUAGGAACACCACAGAGUGAGCACAUGUAUUUUCCUGUUUCCUGAUUGGUGUGGUGACGUUUAAUGUCCCUGAUCUCAUCUGUAUUCCCAUUUAGCCACUUGUUAGUCACUGCCUUUUUCAAGACAAGUUGAAGUUUUAAAAAAUCACAAGUGCCCAUUAAGUGAUGUUUUUUGUUGUAAAUGUCCUAAAAUAAAAUGUGCAAUCAUUUUGAGCUUUUGUUCACCACAGACCUUCAAAACAUUCAAAAAACCCAUACCAAAAAAAAUAAAAAUAAACAUAGACUUCAAUACAAUGGAACCGGAAGUGCUAAAAUAAUAACUUGUUUCUGGGUUGUAGCAUACAAAAAUACAUCAUCCCAGCAGCACUCUGUAUGUUGGCUAAAAUAUUAGUUUGAUAUUUUUCUAUAUGAUACUUUUAACCUUUUUGCUGAUCAUAAUAUUUUGUGUGUGUGUGUGUGUGUGUGUGUGUGUGUGUCUAUUUUAAUUUCUUCUGGCCAGUAAUUAUGGAAAUGUUAAGUAGUUUUUUUUUUUUUUUUUUUUUUUUUUUUUGCCAAAUCCUUUAGCUAUGCACAAAAAUACAGCAUGUCAGCAUAGACAUUUUCAGAUUUUGUACAAAGAAGCACUUAACAUCAUUCCUAUAAGAGCUAAGAGCGAUUAAUUUGAGGUCAAUGUUUCUUAAUGCACACAAAUGAAUCUUUUCCAUUUUUAAAGUUACUGUAAAUGUUGGGAAAAACUGUUUUAUACUGUUAAACUGUUUAAAAACUGUCCUCAAUGUGAAUGUCACCAAAAUUAAUGAGACACUGCAAUCAUGAAAUUAUUUUAGCAAUUAUUGUUAUACUUGUUUAUAUGUUCUACUUUUCAUGUGCACUUUUUAUAUUUUGCAUAAUUAUAUUUUUAUAAACAACAUUUUCUUUUAAUAGCAUACGUUGGUUGAACUUAAAUCAUAAAUAUUUUCUACUUUUCUAUUAUUUUUAUAUAGUUUAUUGAAUCUGUUCAUUCAAUGAUGACGUUUAUAUAUGUCCCAUGAUGCACCAGAGGACUACAGAAUAUGUCAUAUUAACUGAAUUGCAUUUAAGUGGAUUUUUCCCUUCAUACUUCACAAUAAAUCCUUUCUAAUGUCUUUAAA